AUGAAGAAGGUGGAGCUAUAUAUAUAUAUAAGCUGGGAAAUAGAGACACAGGCGACAGUUGUGUUAUCAUCUACAGAGACAGAAUAUCAAGCUAUGGCAGCAGCAGUGCAAGAAGCAAUCUACCUGAGAGCACUAAUGAAAGAUUUGGGUUAUCCAAUAAAAGAACUAACUGGUAUUGGAGAAGAUGAGUCAGUGAUGCACAAGCGUUCGAAACACAUCGAUACAAAAUUACAUUUCAUCCGAGAAAAAGUUGAAAACAAGGAAGUAGGAAUCCACUACAUCCCAACUGAAGAGAUGACAGCAGGCAUUCUAACAAAGUCUUUACCGCGUGUUGAAGUAGAGAAGCGUUGUGUUUUAGGAGAACUUAUCCAAGUAAACCAGACUCAUCUUAGACUUCUUAGUGUGAAGCUGAGUUUGAGUGUUAAGACAUACUAG